AAUUGGAGCCAGAUGUUUAUAAGUGGAUUAGAUGACAGAGAAAAGAUUCUGCUGGAGGAGUACACUUCGGUCUUAGUGAAUUAUAAGGAUGUCAGGGUGAAGCUCAAUGAUGUGGAAAAGAAAAAUCGGGACAACAUUUUUGAGUUGACACUUCAGCUAAGGGAAAUGAGGAAUGCUCUUGUGACAAAGGAUAAAGAGAUACAGAUUUUACAUCAGAAGAUGAACUGUCCAGAUGGAAAUCCGGAUGAAAGUCCCUACACCACCACCACAGAAUACAAAUACACACCACAUGAAGGGCUUCUUCAAAAAGCAGGUCAAGAAGCGGAGUCAAAAAUUUCAUCUUCAAAUUUAGAUGCAAAAUCCCAUUUUGCAGAACAAGUUGAAUUUGAGAGAACAGGAAAUAAUGCCUUAUCAUCUAUGAGAAUGACACUAAGUUGUAUUCAUCUUUUGAACUAA